CGGGGAGCAGGAGCCGUGACUCCGACAUGUUCCCACCUUAUGUCUCCCCCGCAACAACUUUUAUUAUCUGACAACUGGAACGCACGAUUGUGUUCAGAUUGAACAGACAUAGAGGAAUAAAUCUGUCCCUCAACACUGAGCUUCAUCUUGAAACCCGAAGUGACGCAGAGCAGAAGCUCCGGCAUGGAGAAGAUUUCUACCCAGCUGGGAGUAAUAAACGACGCCGCUUCCACGCCGAACUCUAAACAGGAAUUGCAACCUUACAGCCAGAGAGAGCAGACGGGCUCCAGUAGCCUGAAAGCCAACACCAUCGGGGAGGCCGUUCUGUACGGGCUACCCAUCGUCUCCUUGGUGAUUGACGGCCAGGAGAGACUGUGCCUGGCCCAGAUCUCCAACACCCUGCUGAAAAAUUACAGCUACAACGAGAUCCACAACCGCAGGGUGGCCCUGGGGAUCACAUGCGUCCAGUGCACCCCAGUCCAGCUGGAAAUCCUGCGCAGGGCCGGGGCAAUGCCUAUCUCAUCCCGGAGAUGUGGCAUGAUCACCAAAAGAGAGGCGGAGAGGCUGUGUAAAUCUUUCCUGGGCGAGCACACUCCGCCGAAGCUGCCUGAAAACUUUGCCUUCGAUGUGUUUCACGAGUGCGCCUGGGGUUGUCGUGGUAACUUCAUCCCAGCAAGGUACAACAGCUCUCGGGCCAAGUGCAUCAAAUGCAGCUAUUGUAACAUGUACUUUUCCCCAAAUAAAUUCAUCUUCCAUUCUCACAGAGUCGCGGACACUAAGUACACCCAGCCUGACGCCGCAAACUUCAACUCUUGGCGGAGACAUCUCAAACUUUCAGACAAGGUUCCCUCUGAGUACCUGGCCCACGCCUGGGAAGAUGUUAAGGCGAUGUUCAACGGUGGCAGCCGCAAGAGAACCCUCCCGAACCACGGCUCCAGUGCCUCGGCCUCGCUGAAAGCCCCCGGGGCCAGCUCCCUACCCCCCCGGGGCUCUGACAUCCCCCACAAAGCGCUGAGGUGUGAGGAUGAGGGGCGCAGCCUGAAUCUGGCCAACAACGUCAGGAGUUACCCGGUCAUCCCGGUGCCCAGUAAAAGCUUCGGGAUGCUGCAGAAAAUGCCCCCACCCAUCUUCCCGCACCCCUACGGCUUCCCCACCUUCGGGCUGUGUCAGAAAAAGGACGACACCAACGUGGUAGGGGACAAGACUCAGGGGGGUUUGCCCAGUAUGUUCUGGUCCAGCGCCAAGGACACGGUCUACCCAUCUUUCCCCAUGUUUUGGCCAGCGGCUGGCACUCUGCCGGUGCCACCGUACCCACAGAGCCAGCCCAAGGUGUCCGACACCUCCAACGGGCGGCAGAGUGAGAUGGAUGUGUCCGAGCAGAGUGAUCGAAGCAGCAACACCCCUAAGGACAGCCUGGCUGACAGUGAGAGGUGUUCCAGCACCCACUCCCGCAAUGAGGAGGACCGCUCGGGGGAUGAGGCCCGCUCCGUCGAAGGCAUCCCCCUGACGCCUCGGAAACUCAACUACAUCUCGGCGUUCCGGCCAGUCGUGAAGGACGCGGAGAGUAUUGCCAAACUGUACGGGAACCGGGAGGUUUAUAACGGAGCCCGGCCUGGUUACGUGUCACCGGACUUCAUGAGUGAUAAUUCCAGCUACAGGUCUGUGUCUCCCGAGGUGGACAGCGACGGAGAAGAGCCUGAGGUCGAUGUCGAGUCUAAUAGAUGUCCGGAGGAUGAAGCCUCUCUACAGCUGGUGGAAACCAUCCCAGAGGCAGAGAUAGUCCCAGACAGAGAGGUCCCUGCUCAGCCUGAACCCGCACAAGACAUCUCCACCAGAGAGAGCCUCGCAAGCCCUUUUGGGGUUCAAGGCUCCGAGAAAGUCAGAGAGGGCGAGGCUUCUGGGGAGCAGAAAGGCCACGAGGUGUUUCCACACGACCGGGAGAGUCAGUUGAACAAUGUGAAAAAUACUUGCAACACGGCUCCUGCGCCCAUUUACACAGACACGGCACUUGAGCAAGACCAGGAGACCCAGGGCACGGCGGAGGACCCCGAGCCCAGAAUAUCCUAUCAGCAACAAGGCGGCGUCUCCCAGGACAACUCAGCGAAUACAGAGCGGGGCGAAGAUGGCAUUAGACUGGAAACCCCGAGAACCCAAUUGGUCGAAAAAGACAUUGAGAACAUGGGGAAAGAAGAGUUACAAAAACUACUUUUGGAACAGAUGGAGCUCAGGAAGAAAUUAGAACGGGAAUUUCAGAGUCUAAAAGACAGUUUUCAGGAUCAAAUGAAGAGGGAAUUGGCCUACAGAGAGGAAAUGGUUCAGCAACUCCAAAUCGUUAGAGACACGCUCUGCAAUGAGCUGGAUCAAGAGAGGAAGGCGCGUUACGCCAUCCAACAAAAGCUGAAAGAAGCACACGACGCCCUGCACCAUUUCUCGUGUAAGAUGCUGACCCCUCGACAUUGCACUGGCAACUGUUCCUUCAAACCUCCGCUGCUCCCGCAGUGACAAACCAGCCCGUUAACACAACAGCACAAAGCGACGUUCUAAAUGAUCCUUAGGACUGUAAAUAAUAAUUUAAAAUUAAAGGUUUUUAACAAGAGGCGCAAACCAGGAUAUAGGGAAAGCCAAACCACUAACAACCAGGA